AUGACCCAAUCACUACCUUUCCAGCUCGACUCCCCAUCGCUUUUUAAGGACCAAUCCUAUGUGGAUGGCGCCUGGGUAGAGUCGGCAUCUGGAAGACGAUUUCACGUGACAGAUCCUGGAACAGGGCAAAACUGGGCGUCUGUUCCAGAGAAUGAUGCUUCAGAUGUGGAACCUGCAGUUCAGGCAGCCCAAGAUGCUUUUCUUCUGUACCGCAAGACCACACCACGCCAACGGUCGCAAUAUUUGCUAAACUGGCACCUCCUUCGAAAGGAACACAAAAGUGAUAUUGCCAAGAUCAUCACAUAUGAGACUGGAAAGCCUCUCAAUGAGGCUGCGGGCGAACUGGAUUACGCAAUCAGCUCUACAUGGUGGUUUGCGGGAGAGGCUGAUAGAAUCCAAGGCACCUUCUUCGACUCAUCGAUGCCUGGAAAGAAAGUGCUAACUAUCAAGCAGCCCAUAGGCGUAGUAGCGGCACUUGUUCCCUGGAACUUUCCUGUCGCGAUGGUGGUCCGAAAAGCCGCAGCAGCGCUUGCUGCCGGAUGCACCAUGAUCGUCAAGCCAUCCCCAGAAACUCCAUUAUCUAUCCUCAGUUUGGCACAACUCGCGGCGCAAGCUGGUUUUCCAAAUGGGUGUUUGAAUGUUCUCACGACCAGCCUUGCGUAUACUCCGGCCCUGAGCGAGGCUCUCUGUCGUCAUGCCCUGGUUAAAAAGGUCACUUUCACUGGCUCGACCAGAAUUGGAAAGCUGAUAGCCAAGAUAUGCUCGGAUAGCCUCACAAAAGUCACCCUUGAGCUUGGUGGCAACUGUCCAUUUGUCAUUUUUGACGACGCAGAUCUAGAUCAAGCAGCGGCCGCUCUUAUGAAUCUCAAAUGGCGAAAUUCGGGCCAGGCAUGCAUCAGUGCCAAUCGCGUCUACGUCCAAGGCGGUGUCUACGAGAAAUUCGCCUCCAUGAUCACUGAUUUGACCUCCAAACUUGUUGUUGGCCAUGGCAGCUCCAGUGAUUCGACAUUGGGUCCCGUUACCACGCCACAGAGCCUCGAUCGCAUCUCAGAGCAAGUUAAAGACGCCCAGCUUCAUGGAGCUCUGAUCUUACUCGGAGGCAAGAGAGUAGAAAACACCACCGGAUACUUUUUCCAGCCGACGAUCAUCGCCGAUGCUACAAGUGAAAUGCGUGUCACGCAUGAAGAGUCAUUCGCUCCCAUCCUCACCUUUUACAAAUUUCAGUCCGAGUCAGAGGCAAUUAAGCUUGCAAAUGAUACGCCGAUGGGGCUCGCCUCAUACGUAUUCACCAAGGAUUUAGAUCGAGCCUGGAGACUACUCGAUGAAAUUGAGGCUGGCAUGAUCGGGCUCAACACAAGUGCAAUCACGGGUGCUGAAUCCCCUUUUGGUGGAAUGAAGGAAUCUGGAUACGGAAAAGAAGCCGGGAAGGACGUAGCCGUGGAGGAGUACCUUGUGACCAAGGCAGCCUCAGUGGCAAUAGCGAGCAGGCUGUAG